UUUUGCUUCUCUGAUUUGAGGUUUCUUGAGCCUGAGACUCUACGCGUUUGGCUUGUUGAAAAGAAAGCCCCCUUUAUGAUCAUCGAUGUGAGGGAGGACGAUUACUCCAUUGGCAAGAUAAAAGGUUCGUUUAACAUGCCUUACUAUACACUAAACCAAACUAUGCUAGACAGUAUCUAUGAAAGGUCGAUCAAUGAAAACAUUCAAAAUAUAGUGUUUCAUUGCUCUUAUUCUCAACAAAGAGGUCCUUCAACUGCUUUGGCAUUUUUGAGAUCGUUGGAC